CAUAAUUUGAUAGUGAAAGGUGAUUUAGACAUGAAUCUGCAAGUGGUUGUUCAUAAUGCCUUUUUUUUCUUACCUUUGUUCUUCCUUUUUUUCCCUUUACCAUCAACACCAUACUCAUGAUUUCCACUAAAAGCUUAAACCUUAAUGCAAAAAUGUACUAAUAAUGGUAAAAAAUUAAAAAAUUUUGGUAAAUGACGUAAAUUAGAAAAAAUUCAAAGCUUUAAUUCCUUCAUUUGGUAACUGUUUUAAAUAAAGUUUAAAGCUUUUGCAUGCUCUAAAUUUGCUCACUUUUUUAAAAAGGUCCAAAAUUUUCAUUAUCCCCAAUAAACAUUUUUUUGGCUUUGGAUCUGAAGCUCUGCUAGUUCAUUUGCAACAGAAUAUGCCUCAAGAGAGUUUAAGAUCAAUUGUUUAUAGAUCAUUUGUUACAUGUGAUGAUCCAAAAGGAGUUGUAGAGUGUAGAACAAUUAGAAGGUCGAAAACCGGUUCGACCGACACGAUGGUGCAUGAUAAAACCGACGAAUGCCGGCAAAAAACAAAGAACCGAUCGACAAAGGGGACUUCUUGUCAACUCUUGGAGGUUUCAAGGAGAGCUCACAAGCUAAAUAAUGUGAUCGAUUCAUGUUCGAAACAGCUUUGGUAUGAUACGAAUUCGAGAGAUGUAGCGAAAGAUUUGUUGAAAGGAGCACUUGAUUUGCAAGAUUCAUUGCAUGUGCUUGGGAAAUUGCAAGAAGCUUCUCAUUAUAUGGCAAAAUGGGAUAGGGUGAGAAACGAGCCGAAUUCGAGUCUGGUUAGAGAAUGGGAUUAUCGAACUGAAAACCAAAAUCCGAGGCUUUCCGUUGAUGGUUCUUCGAGAGAUUGUGUUGAGGAGCAUAGGAAAGUGAUUACGUAUAGUCUAGCUAAGCAAAAUCUAUUGCCAAAUGUUGAAGAAAUGAGAUGCUUAAGUGGAAGAUAUCAGGGUAUCCCGUCUACAAGCUCGAGUCAAUCAUCAACCGUCCGUGCUGAAAAAGGCCCAAGUUUGAUUGCGAAGCUUAUGGGACUAGAAGAAAUGCCUUCGAGACCAUUGCAGACAAAUUCGUGCAAGGAAGUAGAGUGUAACAAGAUUUUGGAUAGACAAAAGCAUAUGUUUGAAAUCAAUAAGCCAAAAGUGAGGAAGUCUCGAUUUGUUUUCCGGAAGGAAGAUCGAGAUAGGCGAACAAUGGACAUUCACGAGGCCAUGCAUUUUAAAGGACUAUUGAAAAGCAACUUCAUCAAAGAGAUCAAGUAUGAUUCCCAUCAAUGGAGUGAUUUCUUUUCGGAACAGAAGUUGAUCAACGAUAGUCCACCAAUCGUACUUAUAAAACCUCGAUACAGUCCACACUUGCAAACAGAAGAAAAGUUCGUGCCAUGGUUCCACGAGGGUCGUAGCUUAAACACUGAUACUAUGCUCAGAAAAGUGCAGCCUCCUUCCAUUAGCUCGAGGGAAGGUGCUAAAGAAAGCAAAGAGAAAGAGGCCAAACCAGUGAAAAGCGACGUAAAAGCUAAAGAGAAGCUUUCUAUGAAGACAAAAACUUCAGGGCCCAUAACCGUGCCAUUGCUGAAAAAAGAGGCUACUCACAGGAAAACCAAAAAGAUAACGAAACCAGUUAACGAGGAGGUUGCAAGGGCAAAGAAUUUAUUGAGGUCUAAAGAUGAAGCUAAGGUUACCCCUCCAAAGUCCGGUAAGCUCGAAAAUGGAUCAAAUGUUACAAAUAAUAAAAUGUCUCAUCAACGCGGAUCACAAACUGUAGUCCGUGCUCCAAAUGAUCGGAAAAAGGGAGUGAACAAGAUGAAAGCGGCUAAAGUAACUAAUGAGAGAUUAGAACACAAAGGAGAUGGUAUUGUUUCGGAAGGAAAGAAGAUUGAUCCUAUAUUGGAAAGCGAUACAGUUUUCGAAAGAUAUAGCAUUGAAACUGAUAUUAUGAUUGAAGAAUGUCGUGAUAACAGCGAGGAUUCUGUUUGUGACAUUACCCUGGUGACCACCGAUUAUCAAAACAACCGAAAAUGUAUCGGUCCAAAUGAAACUGACAACGAAAGCUUCACUAGAGGGGCCAAACUAAAAGCACUGCUAUUGAGCUGUCCGGCUUUCCUCAAUCACGCCGACUAUCUUUUUUAUCUUCAUGUGAAUCUUCCUACAACUUCACCAAAAUUUGACAUCAACGAAUUCACAGAUGCCAACAGAAGACUUUUCUUAGACUGCGCAAGUGAAAUUGUUCGAAGAAUAAGCUUUCCCGAUUCUCAACUGGUUCACCCUCCGUUAUUAUCCGUGGUCGGAAAUGCCAAAACUCGUAUCUCUCUAGACCAUUUGUUAAGGGAAACUUGUGAUCAGGUCGAGGCAUUGAGAAACUAUAGUGAAGUAGCUGGUGAAGACUACCCUGCUGGUAGUCUUUAUUCAAUGCUUGAAAGAGACUUAAAGCACAAGGAAGCUUUAAGUGGAAUAUGGGACUUGGGUUGGAAGAAAGGGUUUACUGUGAAUGACACGAUACAAGUAGUGGAUGAAAUAGAGAAGCAAUUAUUGAAUGGGUUAAUCGAGGAGAUUUAUGCCUCAGUUUCAGCAGAAACCGAGAUAACACGGGUUUAAACUUUAAAAAUAACAUUAUUCGGAAGGUCUGUUACAAACUUCGAACAUGGCCGCAAGUGAUACAACAAUUGUAAAUAAAGUUGCUUUAGUUGAUAAUUGUAAAUUUGUUUAGGGUAAAUUAUACUUGUAGUCACUCACUUAUUGGUAAGUUUCUUUUCUAGUCAUUUAAUUAUAAAAAGUUACAAAAUGGUCACCCAACUA